CUAUUUUUUUUUUCUGAGAAAAUAAGCUUUGGGCACGAACGCAGCUGAAGUUAGUGGCUGCUAAAAUUGGCUUUAGUAAUGUAACAUUAAAUGUUGUCGUGUUGGUUUUGUAAUUAUAAUAAGGCGUUUUUUGGGCGCGUCUUCACGGAACCAUGCAGGUAUUUACAGAUGAAACGGAGUUUACGGACGUCCGUAUGAUGCAAAAAGUUGUGGGCAUGUUUGACAGCCUUCGUAUGCAGAGGAUAGUGGCGUGUGGCCUUCUUGGUGUUGAAUAUGAUGAUCUAGAUCUGGAUCAUUUUGACUCCUGGCCUCACAAUCAUAACAGUUACCAUAGAUACCAGGGUAAUAGUAGAGGAUUAAGUGGAGGCCACACCAGGUUGUCCAGCUCUGCUUACCAGUCUUCUCAGUCGUAUUACCCUGCUGCCCGUGACCAUCCCAGCCCAUCUCUGAAGGUUCAGCCAAAGGAGAGCGAUAGCGAACGCAAGGCCAGAUUAUUACAAGAAGCUAGAAAAAGCAAAGAAAAGGCUCAGAAGAAGCGACUCAAGAAACAGGUAAACACUGGGUUCUUCAUCAGGAGCCGCCGUGGAAAUGAAUUCAUUUUGUUUUUGUUCGUCCGACAGAAACAGAAGCAGAGGAAACAAAUGGAGAAGGAAAAACAAAAUGAAGGGGGAAGUGCUACACAGCCGUCUAAAGAAGAGGAAGGGGAAUCCGCUAACGAUGAAAAGAAAAAGGAUCCUGAUUCCAGCGUGACGCCACCAGCUGCAGAUAAGGACACAGAUGGUGAGGCGGAUAGCAGUGAGCAGGAGUCCAGUGCUGAAGAUGACACAAAGGACGACUCUGCAGCCUCAGAGGAACUGGACAUGACGAGUACUUUUGUCAGCAAAGCUGCGCUGAUAGUGAAGCGGCAGUUAGAGCAGAAGCCCAAAUGUGAGAAGAGGAGGAGCCCAGAGAAGGAAAAGUAUAGAGGCGUUCCUGACAGAAACCACGCAUGCGAGGAGGUCCAGACAAAGAAUUCUGCUCCCAGCAGCCUCACCAUUGAAGAUAAUGUUAAAAUAAGCACUGAGCUUGCAGUUAUGGGUAAUAAGUUUGCGAGUGAAGGAAAUUAUUUUACAGCUGUGAAGUAUUUCACCGAUGCAAUUAAAUACAACCCUAAAGAGUUUAAGCUGUUUGGCAAUCGGUCGUUUUGUUUUGAGAAGUUACAAGAUUACGAGAAAGCCCUGAUUGAUGCGGAGUUGUCUCUGGGGAUUUCUCCAGGAUGGGUUAAAGGAUUGUUUAGGAAGGGCAGAGCUCUGGCGGGUCUAAGGCGGUAUGAAGAGGCUGCUCAGGCCUUCAGGGAUGUCCUCAAACUGGACAGUUCAUAUGCAGAAGCUGCUCAGGAACUCAUGAGAGUGCAGAUUAUACAAGUAAUGGAGUAUGGUUUCACACGGGAACAGAGUUCCAACGCUUUAAUUAUCCAUGGGACGGUAAAUAAGGCCUUAGAGGUUCUGUCCAAAUUGAACCACCAAUCAGGAGCUCCUUUAAAAAGCACGGUCCCUCUGGCUCAAGUGGUGAACGUCACCGGGGUGUCUCCGGUCCUCUCAGCCAAAACCAGCCCUGUCUCUGCUCAGUCGUAUGAUGCGUACAAAACCCCACCACCCAGCACGCUGUUGGGUCCAGUCCAGAAUAUACCAAACGUAGGAGAUCAACCAAAACCUGUUGAUGCUAAACCAACAAACAGUGACAAAAAACCACCACUGGAGCUGUUUCCAGUCUGGGUGGGAAACUUGACUUAUCCGGUACCUGAGCCCGUGAUUAAAGACCUGUUUAGCAAGGCAGGUGAUGUUAUUAGUGCAAAGGUUCUGUCCGUCAAACGCUGUGCCUUUGUCAACUUUACUAAACCAGAGCACUGCGAUGAAGCAAUCAGGCGCUUUCAUGGAUAUACUCUGAAUGGAAUGAAGCUUGCUGUGAGAUACCCAGACAGAAUUCCUCCAGGCAUUGGAAUUUCUAAAUCUGCCCUCAAAGCUCACGACCUGCAGGAUGAGAACCUCAAGUUAGUGCUUUUAGAUCAAGAUGCAUUCAUUUACUCCAACCUACGGGUGCUUCUCAAAAAAUAAGAAUAUUGUGGAAAAGUAAAAUUUUCUUUAGCCAUUUCAGAAACUGAAACAAGCAUGCUUUGAGUUCAUAUGAAUGAACUUCUUUAGUAACCUGUUUGUUUAUACUGCGCUUUUGAAAUUUUCAAAUUUUAUGUGA